AUCUAAUUCAAUCGGCGACCAGAGACAAAGCUCGAAAGUCGAAGCGCAGGCUAAGCUUUGUUUGUGCUUGCUAUUGGUGGUGAAUGUUGGUGCUUUUUUGUAUACCUAACAUUUUAUUCGUAAUUUGAAUAGAACUCGUUUUGUGAGAUAUUUGUUGUGAUUUCCGAGUGAAUUUUAUUAACGUAAAGCCCUUUUAACUUGUAAAAGCCGUGAACGUUAAUAUUGCGUUUUUUUGUUAAAUAUUUUUGUGUCAUUUAUUUAAAAGGGAUCUAUGAUUGGAUCGUUAUUUUUGGUCGAACCGGACGCAUUUAAAAUUUCAAAUAAUGUUAGGGAGUGGUGCUUCUUCAGACUGAAUUGACAUACUCCUGGGUAUGGAAGAGUGAUCGGGGUGUGCGAGCUAAUGAGCAGAUAAGUGUCGUGCAAGGAGCAGCGCUGGAGGCGUCAGGGGCCAUGGCGGGUUCGGGCGCCACCACGCCGACGCUGGGCGAGGCGCCCGCGCUGGACGAACGCGACCUGGAGCCGAGGACGCCGAUGAAGCGCCUCGGCUCCACGAGGAAGCUGGCUGCGUUCAACAGCAUCCGCUCGCAGCUGGCGGAGCAGGCGCGCGUGCUGGAGGCGCGCGCGGAGGCGGCGGCGGGCGCGGCGGCCGAGCUGCACGACUACUGCCGGCGCCGCGCCGAGCUGGAGGCGGACUACGCGCGCGCGCUGGACAAGCUGGCGCGCGCGCGCGAGCACAAGGGCGCGGCCGGCGCGGCGGGCGCGGGCGCCGCGGGCGGGGCGGGCGCGUGCCUGGCGGCGGCGCUGGCGCAGGCGCGCGCGCUGGCCCGCUCGCACGCGGCGCUGGGCGCGCUGUACGCCGGGCCGCUGGGCGCGCGGCUGGCGCGCGCGGCCGACGACGUGCUGCGCCUGCAGCGCCGCGCGCGCGACGUGCUGCAGGAGCGGCACGACGAGCUGGGCGCGGCGCUGGGCGACGCGGCGCAGCUCGCCAAGGCGCAGGCGGCGGGCGCGGCCGACUGGCGCGCCGCCGCGCUCAAGCUGCGCAGCGCGCACGCCGCGCGACAGGCGCUGCUGGCCGCCGAGCCGCCGCGCCCCAAGAAGCUCAAGGCGCUGGACAAGGAGCUGGAGAAGCGGCGGCUGCGGCACAGCGAGGCGCGCGCGCGGGCGCUGCGGGCGCGCGCCGACUACGUGCUGAGCCUGGAGGCGGCCAACGCCACGCUGCAGCGCUACUACCUGGACGACGUGGCCGACAUCAUGCUGUGCACCGAGGUGGGCUUCGAGGCGGUGGUGGGGCGCGCCGUGCGCACUGCGGGCGCGGCCGAGAACGCGUGCGCCGACGAGAGCCGCGCCGCCGCCGCCGCGCUGCUGGCCGCCGCCGACGCGAUGGAUGCGGCCGCCGACCGGCAGCGCCUCGUGGCCGCGCACCCCGCCGCCUUCGCGCUGCCGCGCCCGCUGCCCUACGCCGGCGAGCCGCCGCCCGAGCAGGACCGCGCCAUGGCCGCGCUGCUGGCCGGCGCCGCGCCCGCCGACGACGACGCGACCGACGCGCUCCGCCGCGACCUGCGCGUGCGCCUGGCCACGCUGGACGCCAGCGCGCGCGCGCUGCGCGCCGAGUGCCGCGAGGCCGCCAAGACGCUGGACGCCGCCGAGGCCGAGCUGGUGCGCCAGAUGGAGGGGCCCGCCUCCGCCUGGGCGCCCGGCGCGCCCGCGCCGCCCGACGACGACGCGCCGCGCCGCGACCAGGAGGACUACUACCUGGCGAAGUUCCGGUGCUACGUGUCGUGCGCCGGCCGCCUGGCGCGCCUGGAGAGCAAGGCGCAGGCGGCGCGCGAGCGGCUGCUGGGCGGCGCGCCCGCGCCCGCGCGCUCGCCCUCGCCGCCGCGCCGCGCCGCGCGCCGCGGCCUGUUCGCCGCGCCGCUGGGCGACGCGCUGCCCGCCGUGCUGACGUCGUGCGUGCGCGUCAUCGCCAGCUACGGGCUGCAGCACCAGGGCCUGUUCCGCGUGUCGGGCUCGCAGGUGGAGAUGGCGGCGCUGCGCGCGGCCUUCGAGCGCGGCGCCGACCCGCUGGCCGGCGUGCGCGACGCCAGCGACAUCAACUCCGUGUGCGGCCUGCUCAAGCUGUUCCUGCGCGAGCUGCGCCCGCCGCUGCUGCCGCCGCAGCUGCAGGAGCGCCUGCUGCGCGUGGCCGCGCUGCCCGACGACGCCGCGUUCGCGCGGCGCCUGCGCGACACGCUGGGCGCGCUGCCGCGGCCGCCGCUGCUGGUGCUGCGCUACCUGUUCGCGUUCCUGGCGCACGUGGCGGAGCACGCGCACCACACCAUGAUGGACGCCUGGAACCUCGCCAUCUGCCUCGGGCCCACGCUGCUGGCCGCCUGGGGCGAGGGCGGCGCGCAGGUGGCCGCGCAGAACCUCGUCAACGAGCUGGUGAAGCGCACCAUCCAGCACCACCUCGAGGUGUUCCCGCAGCACCUGGCGCCGCACACGCUCUACCGCCGCCCCGCGC